AUGAUGGAAGAUAAUUCCAAUUUAAACUAGAAAUAAUUAAGAGGUAGUGAUGAUCAAGUAAUCACAUACAAAAUUACUGAAAUAGGUGAAGAAGAAGAUUCAUAAUUUUCAUAAAAUUAGGAAGAUGAGACUGAAAUUUAGGAUGAUAAAAAAGCAUCUAAGUUUGAUAGUAAUGUAUGUAAAAAUGAUCACACAUAAUAAAGCAUAUAAUAAAUAAACUAAAGCUAUAAUAAAUAUGUUUUACACUAGAAUAAUCAAUAAAAUGAUGAAGAGGAUAAUAUGAAUUUUAGUAAAAAUAUUUUGAGUUUACAUAACACUAUAAAAACCAAUUAGAGCCAAUUAGCAAACUAAUCUGCCAUACAAAAUUACAGAUAUUCUUAAUAAAAUAAUUCAGAUUAUCACAGUGGCUAAAGGAGAUACUCUCCAAUUAGAUAUUAAAUCGAUGCAGAGGAAAUAAAAUCUAAAAGAAAAUCAUUAGAAAGAGAAACUAUUAGAAUGGAAGAAGAAGUUAAGUUCCUCAAGCAAAAUUUGUUAAGUGAACUUUACAAAUAAAAGCAGUAUGAAAAUUCAAGACUUUACAAUCUCAUUUACAUACUUUACGUAGCUUCAGAGAGAAAUAAAAAAGUUCUUUUAAAGGAAUCUUUCUCAGCCUUAGCUAAAGCAUAUUAUUCAGGCGAAGAGAAGGCGGAGGAGUUCUAUUAGCAAAAGUAAUUCUAAAAACUCUAUUAUAUGUGGAAUAACUGGAAAAAUUACAUGUUAGACAUUAAAGUUAAUACUUUAAGACAAUUAGUUAAGUAAAAAAUGAUUAGCACUGAAAAAAUAUAUGAAAAGCAAUCAGUGCAUUACUACAAUAAAAAACUUAAAGCAAAAUCAUUUGCUGGCUGGUUUUAUUUCUUUAAAAAAAAUAAAGAAUUACUGGCACGAAAACGCUAAAGAGUAAAUAUUCAUGAGAUAUUUUCUAAUUAUAAUUCUAGAGAUUGUUCUCCUAUUCGCUCAUUAAGUAAGAACAAGUAAUCUGAACCAAAUAUUUUCUAUGAUGAGAUUCUUUAAAAUAGUAGUGCAGAGAAAAAGAAUAGCAUACAAAGCAAUCUUAAUAAACCUCGUUUUUGCAAAGUAUGCAAAGUACUAGAUAAAAAGACUCAAGAAAAAUAUAAAUGUUAAGGGGACUCUUCUUGUAAGAAUAAUUAAAAAAGUAAAGAAAAUAUACUGAAUUAAAGCAAUAAUAACAGUGCUUCAAAAUUAAAAUAAAAGCUGUUACAAUCUCUAAAUAUUUAACAAAACCCAAGUAAAAUAUAAGAUAAUAAUAAUGUACAAAGUCAACCUGAUGUUACUUAAAAACUAACAGUUAAGAAAGAAAAAAAUCCUUCAGUAAGUCCAGUUAAUAGGUCUGGAUUAAAUAGCAGAAAACCUUCAAUUAAAGUCAAUAUAUAUAAUGAGCCACAGUUCUUUGAAAAUUAAGAAAUCUAAAAUAAUAAAUAAAAAAUGCAGUAAGAGAACGACUAUCAAUCUCCACAACGUAAACUACAAGAAGUUAUAGCAAAUGCAAAAAAUAAAAUCAUAUAAUUUUAAAAUUCUGGCAAUCCAUAUUAAGAAUAAAAGUAAAAUGGCUAUCUUUUAAGAGAAUAAAAUGACGAAAUUAAUCAGAAUCCUUACUUUUACAACUAGCAAAAUGAAUUAUUCACACCUUAAUCAUAGACCAUAAGUAAACUAACUAUAGAGCAUACCAUUACAAAUAACUAAAGUAGUGAUAAUAUGUUUGCAACUACACUUAAAAAGAGAAAAAAUAUUGAUGAAAACGAAUACCGUAGUACUGGAAAAAUCAAUGUAGGGUCAAUAAUUUCUUAGUAAAAUAGUAGAAAUAGAAAUUUAGAAUUAGGAGAAAACAACUCCUCAGUUUUAAAAGAUAGCUCAAGUGUAUUUUAAAAUUAGAUGAAUGUGCAAAAAAAUAUAGGUUAGUAAAAUAUAUAAGACUAUUACAAUUAAUUUAGAACAAACAAUAUUCAAGCUUACAAUUCAAACCAAUAAUAUAAUUAAUCUCCUAAAUUUAACACUUUUAGUGAUAAUAAAGUAAAUUUUGGAUAAAUGAAUAAAUAUGAUUAUGAUGAAUAAGAAAAUUAAGGUUAUGAUAUUAGUGAUCAUAAGAUAAAUUCAAAAUAAGCAAAGUAAUAUCAUGAGAAUACAACUGAUAAAAAGGAUAAAAAAUAGCAAUAAAAUACCUCUUAAGGAUUUACUACUUUUAAAUAACGUUCUAAUAGUAUUAGUUAAUACUGCAAAAAUAAACCAUCUAGCUCUAAUGGAAGUUUAUAUUCAUAAAUAACUUCUAGAAAAAAUUCUCUGUACUAAAAUUAAAAGUAAAAUAAUAGUAGAAAACCUAUCUAGACAGAUGGAUUUUAGUUUGUAUCUCCAAACAACUAAUGCAACGAAAUGAUAUCAAAUAAGAGCUUUUAUUAAGAAACUAGGUCAAGUAGUAUGAAAAAAAGAAAUGAUUCCUUAGGAAAUGGAUUAUUAAAUUAUUUUAGUUAAACAAAAAGAUCAAAUUUAGAAAAUAACUCAAUAGUUUUUAGCAUCUACCAUCCCACUAACAGCAAAAAUAUCAGAAAUUUAUCAAAAUCACCUCUUUAAAGCCGUCUAUUAGAAGAUGAGUAACUUUUAGAAGAAUAGUAGAAUGAAUACAACCCAAUUUCAUUUGAGAACUCUUUGAGAAAAGACAACAAUUUAAAUCUUAGUUUCAUUAAUGGCAGUAACAAUUUUAACAAGUCCGGAUUUUUAGACAGUUCACUUCACAAUAAAAUUCUCACUCCCAAAGAGUAAGAUAAAAAUUUAAGGUUAAUUGAAAAAAGAGCACAAGAAAGAAAAAAACGUUUGGAGGAGUUAAAAAAGAAAUAACAAGAAUGGAAAAAGUAGAAAGAGAAUGAAGAAAGAUAAAAUGAAGAGAAAAAAUUGGAAAAGGAAAGAGACUAAUACAAAAAAGAAUACUUAGAGUAUUAGGCUAUAAAAAAAAUAUAGAAAAAGAAUAAAAAAACUCCAGAAGAGUUGAAAGAAAUAGAACAAAAAAAUAAUGAAAAAGCUGAAAAGUUUUUUGAAAAAAGAAUUUAAAAAAUAUCCUUCUAAAUACUCUAAGAAAAUUAAGAAUGCCAUGGGAAAUUAGACACAGCUAUAGACUUUUAUCUCAAAAGCUUUACUAAGAGGAUCUUCAAAGCUCUAGUGAACUAAACAAUAAAUGAAAAGGAUAGACAAAGGAUAAAGGAAUAGCAAUAGCUUGAGAAAGCUAUUACUUUUUACAAUUACUAGUAAAAGAGAAAAUGCCUCGGGUAAAUUAAAAUAUUCACCUAUGAAAGCUUAGUCCAAAAAGAGAAUUUCGAAAAGUAGAGAGAGGAAAUUAUAAUGAGGACUGCCUUCUAAAAGCUAUUCUAAAAAUUACCUAUUAAGAAAAAGACAGAGAUAGAUGUUGAUAAAGUCAUUAAACAAUUCAGAAAGGUUGUUUUACUGGAAAGGUGCUUCAGAGGAUGGAAAAAUUUUUGCUAGUGA